AUGGCUGUGGUGUUACUGUACCUUUAAGAAGGUGAGCUCAGGGUGUGGUUUCUGUCCUGGCAAAGUUUCCGGCUUGGCAUGCUCAUGUAAACAGAGCACCUCUACCAAAUCUUGGUGAAGGCUAAGAGAAGGACAGAAGUCGGAUCAUGUCAGACCGCUGUCAUCUGCCGACACUGGGUUCCGUGUGCUGUGGUGUAUAAUGGGCAGACCGGUGCCCGGUGUGUUGCUGUGUGUCACCGAGGUGCUCCCGCAGGUGGACUAGUCAGACAGGUUUGACCUAGAAGUCGCAACUGUUCACUCAUUUCUGAAGGCAAUGUAGGAAAGUUAUCAUGAAGGCAGUAGCAACUUUAGCGCUUCUGCAGCUGUAUAUAUCUGCAACAGCUGAUCUCGUUACAGCGGAAGUUUCGGGUAAUGUCCCAAUCGAAACGGCCCUGUCAGCUUCACCGGGUGACAUCGUUGUACUUCCGUGUUACACAGCAGGUAAAGUAACACCGUUAGUAACGAGAUGGACCAAAAGUGGACGGGAAAUCGUUACAGGCGGAGAUCCCACUCGGCGCUUCAUCGUGAGCCCUAAUGGGAGUUUGAAGAUCAACGGGACGAUGCCUGGAGAUGUGGGGAAUUACCUGUGCAACUCCACACUACCUGACAACAGCUCCUUCCUGGCACGUGUGCUGCUUCAAGUAACAAGUGGACCAGAAAAUGUGUCUACAUCCAUCAGUCCUGCCACUGCACUGUCCAAUAGGACCCUUUUCACCUAUCGGGGUUCAUCCGUUACUUUAAGGUGCUCCAGCUCCUCCUACUCGUCUCAGCACCUGACCUGGGCCUUCAGAGGUGAUUCGUCAAGCAACGACUCGCUGGUUUCUGGCUCUGGAUCGUCCCUGGAAUUCACGAUACAGGACAUUCAGCCCAGCGCUCAAGGAUUUUACAGCUGCAGGGCCCACAACCCUGUUUCAAAUGUGACAGUCAACAGUAGCACGGAGCUGCUAGUGUACUAUGUCUCAGACAGACACCCUGAGUGUAAAUGGACUCUGACACAGAACACCUCUCUAGUCCAGUUCACCUGCACUUGGUUGGAAGUUUAUCCCACCCCAAAGCUACGUUGGGAUAUGGGACCAUUCCAGGUGGCGGACAGCCUCAAUGUUACGAUGAGCCGCUCCACGCUGUCAGACGGGCAGACCGUGAACUGCACAGCCCAGGACCAGCACCUCGGCCCAGAAAAAGAGAAGUCGUGUUCGUUUACCCUCAAGCUUCCCUUCCCCGAAGGCGAACCAUUGGUCUCUACUCUGGAGGCGAGCAACGUAACACUUACAUGCACUGAGACCACGUCCAAGCCCCCUGCAAUCACCACAUGGAGAAAGGGUGUACAGCAGGACUACAUUGAAUCUGGAUCAAAAUACAUCCUGUCUCUGGAAGGCCCGGUCUUCAAGCUGACCAUAGUAAACGUCACUAAGGAGGACGAAGGCUUCUAUUUCUGCCACAGUGAGAACCCACUCGGACUACGCGAGCUGGAAGUGGAGCUCACUGUGAAGACAGCCUCUUCCGCGUACACAGGAGUGGUCAUCGGCAUAUUUAUAGCAGCACUGAUUGUAGGGUCAGCUGUCAUCAUAGCCAAAGUUGUCUACAACAGCAGAGACCGGAUUUGCCUGGGUGGCUUUGGGCAAGUGGAUGACGACGGCGGAGACGUGCUGAGUCUGGUGGAGUCGGAUGACGAACAAGUCUUCCAAGAUGCAGUUCCCCGGCUGCCUCCAAUAACCAACGGACAUCACACAACACUUGUGCAGAUACAUCGAAUCCCAUCGAGUGAUCACGAGGAUGCAGAAACUGCUGACACAAGUCCACAGCAGCAGGAGGAUACCGUACAGACGGAAGAGCCAGUGGAACUUGUAGAAUUUUAGGUAUUGGGGAUUUUUUUUAGAGCAAUGUUUAGUUUUAGGUAAAUUUACUCCUGAAGAGAAUGUGAACAGAAUCGGUGGCAGAAACCUUUUUGUCCUUCCUUUCUAUUUUUUUUUUUUUCUUUUUAAGAUUCUAAAUUUUUGUAAAUUUAUUUUAUGAUUGAUUUUUGUUUAUACAGUAUGUAAAAAUAAAUAAAUGUAAUACAGUGAAUGUGUUUGAACAAAUAUUCUUUGCAUGUUUUUAUGAGUUUUGUAUUUUUAAAGGUCUUCACUAUGUACAGUAUGCAGACCAAUAUAUGUGACCUUUGACUAUCUCGGUCUAGAAUUCAACUCUGCUGCAGAACUAUUUUUUUUAAAAAUGCAGCAGAGUCAGUUCGUCACUCAUCUGGGAUUUAUGCUACGUGUGAAACAAACUUGACUCACUCAAAAAUAUUUACAUGAGAUCUAUGUGAGAGGGAAAACUAAAAUUAAAAACUCUAAAGGGUUUGACAAAAAAUUUGUUGAUUUACACAAAAUUAUUCAAUAUUAUUAGAAAUGAUUAUUGGUGUCCUUUUAAUGCAAAAGUACAAUUGAGUCUCUCAUCCACCUUCUCAGUUUUUAUAAAGAAGAUUUUACUGGAUAAUUAAUAGUAAAAAUAAUUCACUGUGUAAAACCAUCAAAAUCAAUCAGUUUUAUGGCUCUGCCACUGUAUCAAAUGUAAAUAUUCCCUAUAAAAAAUGUAAUGCUGUUGUUUCUUUUAAAGGAGACAGAUGGAUCAUUUGAAUGGCACUUUAAAUCCAAACGGUCUGCAGGCUUUAAUAAUGCAUUAGGUUGUUAAAAGGAGAUCCAGCCUCACACGUAACUGUCUGGAAAUGGGUGCUCUGAUAUAUUAAUAAUUCAUGGUACAUAUUUAAGAUGAUGUGUACACAGUACAGAGACUUUUUCACUGCUUUUGAGGCAGCUGUAAUGUAAUGUAAUUCUAUGGCUAUGAUCACACCAAGAUUGUAUAUUGUUCUUUUACAUUAAAACAAACCUUAAUAGUCACACACAUUAUUUGGACACCAAAUAAAGAAGAAUUUACCGGUUCGAAAAACAAUAGGAGACAACGCGACAUGAAAUGAACAUGUAUAAAAAAAAAAAAAAAAAAAAAAAAAAAAAAAAAGAUUAACAUUAUUGAAAGUUACGGAUCAUCAGGUAUUUAAACUGUUUUCAUGCACUUUGUAUAGAAAGUUGUUCUGAAAGGUUUUUUUUUUUUUUUUGUUUGUUUGUUCUUGUAAAGAUAUUUGAUACUUGAUUUGCAGGACAGAACCAAAAGGGGAAAUAAAGGACAAAAAUAGCAAAGCAAAUAUUUUGUGAAUAUUUGUGUACGUUUACAGAAAUGUUACAUUACUGUACUCCUCUAUAUCAGCAAGAAACAUUUUACUCCAAUAUAAAAUUUGGGUGCAAAAAUCUUACUUUAAAGAUUUUUGCACUUAAACACCCAAAGGCGAUCACUGUAUACUAAAGAGACUCAUUUUCAAAAAGAAUGGUUAUUUACACCCUCCCAUUUGUUUCAUAUUAUAAUAAAUAUUGAUAUAUAAAACACAACCUACAUGAACAAGAAAUAACCCCCAAGUUGUAUUUCUCAAUGACACAAAUGAAUUCACAAAUAUAGAAGUCUCUGUUGUUAAUAGAUCAAUACUCAUUCCCUGUAAUUCAGUUUGAACAAUUUUGUCUUUAAAAAGUCGAAAUUAUUCAGUGUAAUCUCAACUAAUAAUGAUAACAUUCUCCAAUAUAGCUAGAAGAAGAAGAAAAAACAAGCGAGUAAAGUACAGUAGGCCAAAGUACAGUAGGCCAAAAGUAAUCAUGCAUGAUGCAAGAGAGCAAAGCUUGUAAAUAAACUUCACCUGAAGGCUUAGUUUUCACAGGAUUUUCACUUUGUAGUUUUGCACAUUUUCUGUUGUGCUGAUUCAAAUAAAAAGCUAAAUAUUG